AUGGACAAUCUCUUAAACCCAGACGCUCUCCUGCUCAACGUAUGUCCAACUAUCCCUCAUGCAAUGCUCGAAGAUCAGCUAAAGAAACUUGGCCUAAAACUGGUCUCACCAAUUACAUUUUUACGGAUAGGAGUCAAUAAUCCAGAAUAUAGUCAUAUCCUAAGCUUCCGGAGGCAAGUCUACGUUGCGCCACCUGCAGACCUCGAAGUACCAAGUUCUAUACUCAUUACUCAGGACAACACUUCCUACCGAAUAUUUCUCUCCCAAGAUGGUAUGUCAUGCUUCGAAUGUAAGCAAAGUGGACAAAUUGCCUCCCAAUGUCCCAAUAAAAGUAACCAAGAAUCAGAUAACCCAUCUACCUCAAAAACCACGUCAGCAGAUACAGAAAUGCCUUUUCCGAUGUCCAGUCGACUAGAAGGAACAUCACUGAAAUUGUCACACCACCAGCAGAAAUACAACUUGACCAUAACUUUAUAA